AUGGCCAAUGAAGUCAUCAGCUAUAAAAGCGACCCGAAAAUAAUCGAUAUGAAGUCGCAUGUCCUGGAUUCGAGCACUAGCAAUAGCUUAAAAUGUAUCUGGAGUGGAUUUGUGAUGAAAAAACGGGGUCCGAUCAGUUUUUCGUGGACUUUUGACCUGCAAGAAUGGAAAAGUGCUGGAUAUUCUGGAUUUACUGGUUAUAUCCUAGUUAAACCAGUGCUGAACGACCAGAAGGCGUUCCCAACGAUUCAAAUUGGUUGUGACCUGUCGAAAAGUGUUCAAAUGGUCACAAGAACUCUAAAAACUGAUGGAGAGAAGAGAAAAAGCGUGGGCGUGAUGUUUGAGUACUAUUUGUUGCCUAUAGUGAAUCCGGAGCUGGAAAUUGUGUUUCCGAAAGCUCCAGAAUUCGUGGAAGUGGGUCCAGCGACUCCAGAAGUGAGCUCCAGCAACGAAGUGAGCGAAGAAGUGGCCUCCUAUGGUGAUUUGUUCCUUCCAUCGGAGAGAAAUGACACAAUUUUGGUGGUCGGCGCCAAAUUGUUGUACGUUAAUAAGAAGUACCUCUCCUACUAUUCCGACUACUUUGAAGCACUUUUCACGUCUUCUGAAGACAACGAAAAGAAUCUAAACCUACCGUAUUCGAUUGAUGACGUGGAAUACGAUGACUUUGAGCUCCUUAUCAGAGCCAUUUAUCCGGAUAUCAAGUUUCCAGAUUACAAAUGUUACCCGAAACUUCUCGAACUUGCUGAGCGCUUCAAAAUGCCAGUUAUCACUCAAAAAGUGGAAAAUCGACUUCUGAAUACUACGAAAUUCGAAAUCCACGAAUUAUUGCUCAUGGCUGAUAAAUACCGUAUGCCACGUCUUCUGGAGCGAGCAAUUCUGAUGAUUAAUUCGACGGAAAAGGCCAAAAAAUUGAAGGCGUCGGCGGAAUUGGCCGAAUUGUCUCUUGAAACCAAAGGACACCUUUUCGAGAGACUCAUCAUGAUAAUUUGA